UCAGAGGAAUUACGUAACAAUGUUUUCUGCUGUGUGGAAUAGGUGAAGGUUGAAUUUUCAUAACCUGUUUAAUGUUAUUGCUACACGUGCAAGUUGCUGAAGUGGGUUGGAAUUCUAGCUCCUGAACUAUAAGUGUUUAUUCAGUUACUGCGUAUGCAAGAAGAGGGACGCUUUAUUAAGCAGUUCUUCAACCGUAACAGGUUUACUUCUCCAUGUAGAUACGUGUAAUUCUUCCAUCCCAGGCUGAAUAACAUCAGUGAAGACAACAUGGAAAAUAUUGAUGGAGAUGAUGAGUUCCAAGAUGCCUAUGAAACUCCACCUAUGUCCAGUAGCAUGGACUUGGAGUCUGCCCUAAAUGAAGCUAGAAUAGCUGUAAAUUAUUUUUUCAAUAACAAGUUUGAUGAGGCACGAAGAACGCUGGAACCUUGGGCAAACAGCAGCAUGUAUCAUGCUGUUGGGCACAGUGUGUUCACAUUUUUGGAGGCUAUGCUGACCUUUGAACACCAACACAUUGAGAAAGCAUCAGAAGCGUUGAAACAGUGUAUGGCAGUGUGUAAUAGGUAUCGCAGGAAGAAUACUAUAACUGAAUCAAUUGGAAAGAUGGUGAAGAAACCUAAUUAUGAUUUAUACACAGCAGAAGAGGUCCAUGCUGAAUUAUGUUACGCAGAAGCUUUACUGCUGAAGUCAUUGCUUACAUUUGUAGAAGAUGAAACAUUAGUUAGUUUUAUCAAAGCAGGCAUUAAAAUAAGAUCCUGUUAUAACUCAUACAAAGAGUGUGCAAACAUUCUGCAUACUAGAAAGUGGAAUAGUGAAUCCUAUAAAGUUCAUUUUGAGAGUGGUGUUCGUAUGGGAAUUGGAGCCUUUAAUUUGAUGAUAUCUCUACUGCCUGCUCGUGUAAUUAAGCUCCUAGAGUUCAUCGGAUUUUCAGGUAACAAGGAAGUAGGCCUCAGGGAACUGCAGGCUGGGUACCAGCUGCAUAACAGUAUUCGCCAAGUUUUGUGUGUCAUGACACUCUUAGGAUAUCACCUAAUUGUACUCUAUGUACUGAGCCAUACUGAUGGAGACCUCGAUUUUUGUGAUGAGAUUUUGAGUACACAACUCAAGAUGUAUCCUGAAGGAGCUUGGUUCCUCUUCUUCAAAGGUCGACUUGAGUUUAUGAAGGCAAAUAUUGAUGAUGCUAUAAAAUGGUACAUUUCUUCGUGGAAAUCCCAAAAUAUGUGGGUGCAGUUUCAUCAUAUGUGUUUCUGGGAACUGAUGUGGACAAACAGUGUUAAACAGAACUGGCAUGAAGCUAGCGAAUUUGCUGGACGAUUGUUUGAAGAAAGUAAAUGGUCAAAAACUAUUUAUGCUUAUCAAAAAGCUGCAAUGUUGUGUAUGCUAGGUGAUGACCUCACUGAUGAUGAACAGACUGAAAUUGAAUAUCUUAUGAGGCAUGCACCUCAAUGGAAGCAGAGGAUAGCUGGAAAAUCAUUGCCAAUGGAGAAGUUUGCAGUCAAAAAGUCGGAACGCUAUUUUUCUCAAGGGAAAAGCUUGGUUCUUCCAGGUUAUGAACUAAUGUAUGUGUGGAACCUGUUCAAACAAAUUGGGAAAAAAUGGGAAAUGUUAGAUUCAGUGUAUAAACGAGUUGAAAAAGUACUCAGAAAGUUGGAAUCAACACGUGAAGAAGGCGAAUAUCAUGCAGACAACAAAGCAUUAGUUUUAUUGUUGAAAGGAACAUGUUUGCGACUGAUGAAUACCCCACUUCAAGCAGAGGAAUCCCUAAAUAUUGUGCUUUCAUUGGAGAAAAAAAUAAAAGAAGAUCUUUAUCUUAUACCGUAUGCUAUGGUUGAACUGGCACUACUGUACAGGAGUCAAAAUGAUCUCUCUAGAGCAGCCCAAUUAUUGGAAGAUGCAAAGAAGAACUAUACUGGGUAUUCUCUGGAGUCACGCCUUCAUUUCAAGAUACAUUCUUUCCAGUCUGAGUUGAACACGAGGAAAUCAUCAGAUGAGACUACUUCAGAACUUUCUAGUCAGUAGUUGAUGACAAAUUUAUGUUUCUAAAAAUGUGUGCAAUUACCUUGACCAAACCAGUAAAACACAAUUUUCUUUCUAACUUCAGUAAAUGUAAUCUCUGGGGUUUUUGAUCUCAAAAGACGUGAAAACUAUUUUGUCAUUACUGGUUUUUGUACUGGGUAAGAUAUAUACAUUCCAAUUUUUUUUACAUGCUUAAUGCUGUGAUCCAAUUGUUGAACACUUUAUUGUCUUGAAGAAAUUGUUUUAAAGAAUGUUUUUGUUUAUUUAAAUAUUGUUAAUGUUUUAGAAGUUUUAAUAUUUUUGACAAAAUAUUUCAUGAUCAUUCUUCCAUUUUAUCUUGCAGUCAAAUAGUUACUCUUCACACAAGUUGAAGUAUCUAGUUACGACGUUGUUAAACAACAAAUGAUCUACUUGAGUCUUACAUUGAGAAGUCAGAAAAUUGUGUGUUUGUACUUCCAUACUUUUCAUACAGGCCCCGCUCGAUGCCGCCCCCCCCCCCCCUCCCCCUCCCCGCCCCCCUCUCUCUCUCUCUCUCUCUCUCUCUGUCUCACACACAAACACACACACACACACACACACACACACACACACACACACA